AUCGAAGACUAAACAACUCAAUACUUCUAUUGUUUGUUGUUGGAUCCAUAGGAUUGGAUUAAUUAUGGAUCCUUGGGAUUGGUGGACUUUUUUUAUAUCUCCUAGUUUCAGGCCAUAGAUCAAGCCAAGGGAAAGGCUCCUUUACCCAUCCUAUAUAUUGUCUUUUUCGUUCCAUGUUAAAAUAGAAACUUAAUUAUUUGAUUAUACGAGAACAAAUUCUUUAUUCUUUAUUUAUAGAAAUAAACAACUAUCUCUAUUUUCGAUGAGAAUUUGUACAUCACAUGGAAGAAAGCUGUGUCUUUCUAUUUUAAAAUUUAUAAAAAGAUUCUAUCAAUAUAUAUUGAAGUGAUACCUCGGCUUCCCACAAAGGAGAAUCAUUUCUUUCAAUACUUACUCGUUCUUUCAAUACUUACUCGUUAUUAAUUAACAAUCCUAAUGAUUAGGAUUAGAUUCGUAUGCUUAAUUCUGAUAAGAAAUCAAAUAGUGAAAGUAAAAUGAUUAUCCAUCGAAUGUAUUGUAUUUCAUCAAAUAGGGGGUAGAAAGACUCUAUGGGAAAAUGGUGGUUCCGUUCGAUGUUGUCUAACGAGAAGUUAGAACAUAGGUGUGGGCUAAGUAAAUCUAGGUGUGGGCUAAGUAAAUCAAUGGAUAGUCUUGAUGGUAUUGGACAUACCAGUAGAAGUGAACAACCUAUUCUAAACGAUACGAAGAACGAUACGAAGAAAAAGAUUCCUAGUUGGAAUCAUAGUGGUAAUUAUAGUUUCACUAAUGUUGAUUCUUUAUUUGAAAUCAAGGAUAUUUGGAGUUUGAUCUCUGAUGACACUUUUUUAGUUAGGGAUAGUAAUGGUGACAGUUACUCUGUAUAUUUUGAUAUUGAAAAUCAGAUUUUUGAGGUUGACAAUGAUAGUUCUUUUCUGAGUGAACUAGAAAAAAAACUUUCUAGUUAUUUGAGUAGGGGGUCUAAGAAAAAGAAUCACUACUAUUAUCAUUACAUGUAUGAUACUCAAUCUGGUUGGAAUAAUCACAUUAAUAGUUGCAUUGAUAGUUAUCUUCGUUUUGAAGUCAGUAUUAAUAGUUCUAUUUCGGGUAGUACCAACAAUUACAGUGACAGUUACUUUUAUAACUUCAUUUGUACUGAAAAUAGAAAUAGUAGUGAGAGCGGUAGGUCUAGUAAAAGAACUAGAAAAAAUUUCAAUGAUUUCCAUGAAGAGGUGGAAUCCGAUUUCCAUGAAGAAGUAGAAUUCCACGAAGAAGUAGAAUCCGACUUCCAUGAAGAAGUAGAAUCCGAUUUCCAUGAAGAAGUAGAAUUCCACGAAGAAGUAGAAUCCAAUGAUUUCAAUGAAGAAGUAGAAUCUGAUUUCAAUGAAGAAGUGGAAUCCGAUUUCAAUGAAGAAGUGGAAUCCGAUUUCAAUGAAGAAGUGGAAUCCGAUUUCAAUGAAGAAGUGGAAUCCGAUUUCAAUGAAGAAGUAGAAUUCCAUGAAGAAGUAGAAUUCCAUGAAGAAGUAGAAUCCGACUUCCAUGAAGAAGUAGAAUCCAAUGAUUUCAAUAUAAAUCAAAAAUACAAACAUUUAUGGGUUCAAUGCGAAAAUUGUUAUGGAUUAAAUUAUAAAAAAUUUUUUAAGUCAAAAAUGAAUAUUUGUGAACAGUGUGGAUAUCAUUUGAAAAUGAGUAGUUCAGAUAGAAUUGAACUUUCGAUUGAUCCCGGAACUUGGGAUCCUCUGGAUAAAGAUAUGAUAUCUAUAGACCCCAUUGAUUUUCGUUCAAAAGAGGAACCUUAUGGAGAUCGUAUCGAUUCUUAUCAAAGAAGGACAGGUUUAGCUGAUGCUAUUCAAACAGGCAUAGGUCAAAUAAAUGGUAUUCCCGUAGCAAUUGGCGUUAUGGAUUUUCAGUUUAUGGGAGGUAGUAUGGGAUCCGUAGUAGGCGAGAAAAUUACUCGUUUGAUCGAGUAUGCUACUAAUCGAUCUCUACCUGUCAUUAUUGUGUGUGCUUCUGGAGGAGCACGCAUGCAAGAAGGAAGUUUGAGCUUGAUGCAAAUGGCUAAAAUAUCUUCUGCUUCAUCUAAUUAUCAAUCAGAUAAAAAGUUAUUCUAUGUAUCAAUUCUUACAUCUCCUACAACUGGUGGAGUAACAGCCAGUUUUGGUAUGUUGGGGGAUAUCAUUAUUGCUGAACCUAACGCCUACAUUGCAUUUGCGGGUAAAAGAGUAAUUGAACAAACAUUAAAAAAGGUAAUACCUGAAGGUUCACAAGUGUCUGAGUAUUUAUUCCAUAAAGGUUUAUUCGACCCAAUAGUACCACGUAAUCUUUUAAAAGGUGUUCUGGGUGAGUUAUUUCAGCUCCACGGUUUCUUUCCCUUGAAUCCAAGUUCAAAAAUGUAAAGUAUAGCACUAGAUUCAGUUAUUUUAUUUGUAGCGAACAAGUAUUUAAUUCGUCGUAAUCAGGUGUUUUCUUUGGUGACAUAAGUUCUCCUUGUAAUAAGAGACAGAGGUUUCGGAUAAUUUUUAUUUUAUAUUUUAUUAUAUUUUAUUUAUUAUAUUUUAGAAUAUAGAAUAUAUAGUUUUAGAAUAUAGAAUAUAUAGUUUCUAUCUAGUCAUUUUCUAUCUAAUCAUAUAGAAUUAUAGUUGAUAUUACUUAUUACUUAUAAAUAAAUAUUAUAAAUAAAUAAUAUUUAUUAUAAUUUUUUAUAAUAUAUUUAUAAUAUAAUAAUGGCUUGAUAUAAUAUAAUAAUGGCUUGAUAUUACUUAUAAUAGAUAUAUCAUAAGUAAUAGAUAUAUCAUAAGAAGAUAUCUUUCUAAUAGAUAGAAAUAUUAAAACAGAUAGAAAUAUUAAAUUGAGGCACCUAUUCUAUGACAGAUCCCAACUUACCCUCUAUUUUUGUGCCUUUAGUGGGCCUAGUAUUUCCGGCAAUUGCAAUGGUUUCCUUAUUUCUUCAUGUCCAAAAAAAUAAGAUUGUCUAGACCCAAUGGGACCGAAUCUUAUCAAUUUAUUUCAACACUGGAUGAUAAUACAGAUAUUUAUCUCGUGUAAUAUGGUAUGAUAUGUGGCUCUUUCCGAACACACAAAUGAAAGAAUCGUUAUGCGGAUAUAUGAUAUCUGCAUAAAUGCAUGUAUAUGUGAAUAUAGCUGGUUCAAAAUGGAUUAGUGAAUAUUUUAAAUAGAAAGUCAAUGUAUCUAACCAAUUACUCUCCUAAUGUUUCACAUCAGAAUAGUGCUAGUUGAUGAAAGUUACUUCGGGAUCAAGAAAGGUAAAGUCAAAUUUAUUUGGGUUAUUCGCUCAAUUCCAAUCGAAUGCACUGGAUCUAGUAUAGUAUGAAUUGGCGAUCAGAACAUAUAUGGAUAGAACUUAUAACGGGGUCUCGAAAAACGAGUAAUUUUUGCUGGGCCUGUAUCCUUUUUUUAGGUUCACUAGGAUUCUUAGUGGUUGGAACUUCCAGUUAUCUUGGUAGGAAUUUGAUACCCGUAUUUACAUCUCAGCAAAUCAUUUUUUUUCCACAAGGGAUCGUGAUGUCUUUCUACGGGAUCGCGGGUCUAUUCAUUAGCUCGUAUUUGUGGUGCACAAUUUCGUGGAAUGUAGGUAGCGGUUAUGACCGAUUCGAUAGAAAAGAAGGAAUAGUGUGUAUUUUUCGCUGGGGAUUUCCUGGAAUAAAUCGUCGCAUCUUCCUUCGCUUCUUUAUGAGAGAUAUCCAAUCAAUCAGAAUAGAGGUUAAAGAGGGUCUUUAUACUCGUCGUGUCCUUUAUAUGGAAAUCAGAGGCCAAGGAGCCAUUCCCUUGACUCGUACUGAUGAGAAUUUUACUCCACGAGAAAUUGAACAAAAAGCUGCCGAAUUGGCCUAUUUCUUGCGCGUACCAAUUGAAGUAUUUUGAAACGAACUGAAGUGAAGAAUAAAAUGAAGAAUAAAUAUUUUCUCAAGAUGGGGGAAGGAACUUGCUAAUUCCUCUUUUAAUACAACUGAAGUUUCUUCAUUCUUUUAUACUAGAAAAAGGUCUAAUCUAACUAACGAAUCUAAUCUAAUAAGUAUAGAUAUAAAUUCAUCAAACCUAUCCGAACAUGUAUUUCGUAAUACAGAAUUCAUCUUUUUAGGCCCAAGAUUUGGAAUUGAUACCCUUUUCUGGUUAGACGGUGAAACAUUUCGAAAGAAUUAAUUGAUCCAGGGGGAGUUUUUUCGUCUCGAAACUCGAUUCGUUACUUCAAGUGGGUUUUCGAGUAUUCAUCGAAAGGAACAAAUGAAAAUAAAAUUGGUUCAAAUUUGCCCAAUUGAGAUAUCUGGAAUAAUAUUUAUUUCUUUUUUUCUCAUUUUCAUCCGAAAAGAACUCUUAUUCUAUGUCUAUAUUCCUUCUAAAUCAAAAAAAAAAUAAAAUUAUUACACAAUAAUAGGAAAGGAAUAGACCCAUAGGUCAAUACCUUGUUAUACAACUCGUGCUUCAAAGAAAUAUCAGAUCAGAUAGAGUCAACGAAUGAAGCAGGUUCAUUAACAAUUCAAUUCACAGAAAAAAAAAAAUGAAAAAAAAGAAAGCA